CAUUCACUCUAUGAUCUAUCUAUAUAUUUAUAUGUAUACACAUAUACAUCGUAGCUAGGCCUCUCCCCAAGGAGACACUACUGAUCUCCGGCACAAAAACCAUGAGCUUCUCCGGCAUGCCGACCUCCGGUGACUGGAUCCACCAAUACUACUACCAAGAACCCUUCGCCGCCGCCGCCCACCCCUACCAUGACUCCACCGUAGUCACCACCUCCGCCAGCGCCGCCGUACCCGUUGCGGCGGCGGAGGAUACACUUAGCCCCAACAGCUCCAGCGGCGCGACAGCUCAGCUGAACCCUAGAAGCUGCAUAUCGAAGCCGGCGAGGAAGCGGUCCAGGGCGUCGAAGAAAACGCCGAUCACUCUCCUCAGCGCCGACGCGGCCAAUUUCAGAGCCUUGGUCCAGCAGUUCACCGGCAGCCCCCGCACCGCCCUAUCAUUCGGUGGCCAGAGAGGCCCUUUCAACAUCAAUUUUGCGGCGGCUGACGGCGGUGGAGCCGGGCCGGUCGCCGGGGCACAGUUUCCGCCGCCGAGACCGGCGCCGGAGAUGUACCCAGAACAGCAUGAGUACGAUAAGUUUGAGUAUGAGAAUAUUGUUAAUAACCCUAGUGAUCUCCAUGUUUUUCCUCCGGUGUGUAGUAAUCCAGCGCCGAACGUCCAGAAUCUGGACAACAUUUUCGUGGAAAAUGUUUCGUUGUAUGAACUGCUUGGGGAUGCUUUUAGUUAGUCCGUUUUGGAAAUAUGAAUAACUUUCACUUCUUUUUUU